GCUGACUUCCUGUUCACUUAUUUUCUAACAUCCAUUUUUUCUCUUUCCAAAUGCUGUCUCAGGUACAUGGAAUCACAAAAUCUAACAAGUGUCCCAGAAUUGCUCCUCCUGGGCCUUUCUGAGGAGCCAGAACUUCAGCCCGUCCUUUUUGGGUUGUUCUUGUGCAUGUACCUGAUCUCUGUGGCUGGGAAUCUGCUCAUCAUCCUGGCUGUCAGCUCUGAUAAACAUCUCCAUACACCUAUGUAUUUCUUCCUUUCAAACCUUUCCUUGGUUGACAUCGGUUUCAUCUCAACCACAGUCCCCAAAAUGCUGGUGAACAUCCAGACACAGAACAAAUCCAUCACCUAUGUGGGCUGCCUGACACAAGUGUCUUUUUUCAAUCUACUUGGAUGUUGGGACAGUAUGCUGCUCACUGCGAUGGCUUAUGACAGGUUUGUGGCUAUAUGCUCCCCGCUGCACUAUACAGUCAUCAUGAACUCCCACCGCUGUGGCUUCCUCAUUUUGGUGUCUUUUUUCAUCAGUCUUUUGGACUCCCAGCUGGAGUGUUUGUUGGUGUCACAGGUUACCUUCUGCAGGACUGUGGAAAUCCCCCAUUUCUUCUGUGACCCUCCUCAACUAGUUAAGUUUGCCUGUUCUGACACUACGCUCAAUACCAUCCUAUUAAAUUGUGUGGUUGCCAUCGUUGGUGGUGUUCCAGUCUCAGGGAUCCUUUUCUCUUAUACGAGAAUUAUUUCUGCCAUCCUGAGAGUCUCAUCUUCAAGUGGGAAGUAUAAAGCCUUCUCCACCUGUGGCUCCCACCUGUCGAUCGUUUGCCUAUUUUACGGAACAGAUAUUGGGGUGUACCUCACUUCAGCUGUCUCUUCUGCCAGAAAGGUUGCAGUGGCUUCAGUGCUGUACACCUUGGUCACCCCUAUGCUGAACCCCUUCAUCUACAGCCUGAGAAACCGAGAUAUCAAGAUUGCCUUGCAGAGGCUCCUUAGCAGAACAAUCUAA